GUUGAACCAACGACCUAGAGGUCGUUGAGUUGAACCCUUUUUUUUCUGUGCAUAUUUAGUUUCUCAGUUGGCACAUCUGUAUAAAUUUUGUUGGUAUUGUGUGCGACGCCCUGUCAAGGAAAUAGUCAAUUUAAAUAUAAUCUAAGUUGUACUUUUUUUAGUAGUUAAUUUGCAAAUAUUAUUCUAAUAGGUGUAUAAUUAUUAAAUGUAACAUUUAAUUUGUUAUGGCAGAAAGUGGUGAAAUUUUGGAAGGUUAUAUUUGUCCUGUAUGUAAAGUAGACCUUGGCUCUCCAAUCAAACUCCACGAUCAUUUCCAAGUCGAGCAUACUGAAGACCAAGAUGUUUUAAGGUCACUUAAAGGUUUGCUGGGACGAGCAAAGAAGAGAAUUUUAAAGUUGGAUGAAGAGCCAAUCAGUGAUUCAGAAUACCGAGUGCACAGUGGCAGCAGUGGUGUGUCUGUGAACUACCAACCUUUGGCAGUUGAACCCCAGACUAUUGGAGUGACGCGGAGUCACACGCAGCAAUUCUGCAAAAUUCGCAGCCAGCACGUCGUAAGGUAUGCAGCGGAAACCAACAAACUACUGAUUCGCCUGGAAAAAUUACUUUCUGAUCUGCCUACUGAUGCAGUCAAGAGGAAAGCGCACGAGCAAGCCGUGGUGCCGUGGCUGGACGACCGGGACGUGAGGCUGUGCCCCAGCUGUGCCCGAGCCUUCCACCUGGCGCGCCGGAAGCACCACUGCCGCCUGUGCGGCGCCGUCAUGUGCCACGACUGCACGCACUUCCUGCAGGUCAACGCGGCGAGGAAGAUGACGAGCUCCGCGGCGAGCGCCGGGGAGACCCCGGCGGCUGCGACCGGCGUCGCCAACCACGGCUCCCCCGUGGCGGGCCUGCUGCGCAGGUCCAACUCCAACUCCAGCCUCAACUCGAUGCUCUCGCUGGUCGACACGGUCACGGGCGAGCAGCACUUCCGGCUGUGCGUGCACUGCAAGCAGUUGCUGGAUGCGAGGGAGCAGCAAAAUGCGAGCCGCAGCAUGAAGCCGAUCCUCAGCCAGUUCUACGACCGACUGCACUCGUACAUGGCAGAGGCCGAUCAUCUGGCGGUGCAGUACCUCAAGAUGUGCGAGUCCCUCAAUUCUGGUGAGUCAACAUAUAGCUUGGAUGAAGCCCAAAUGCUGCGGGUGAAAAUCUUCAAGCUUGCGGAGAGUAUAGAUUCUUUAAGUAACAAAAUCGCAGUGCUAGGCACAAAAGAUGUCGACAACCCCCCAAGAGGAAAAGCACUGAAACUGCAGCAAAUAAUCCGCAGUGCUGCCACCAUGUACCUUAAAGAGCAGCUAAUUACUCUUCCAGUGCUACCAACUGAAUCUCAACUCGCUGCCCUUCGAGAUAGAAGAAGGCGGGAGGUGACGAGCCGCAUCCUCCAGGAGAAGCAGCAGAUGGCAGCGGAGAUGCAGCGCAGGCGGGAGUCUCAGUCUCCAUGCCGGUCGUCAGCGAGCCCGCAGCGCAGUGCGCAGAAUCCUGUGGUAAUGGAUGCUGGAUGGGGCCCCGAGACUGCCCAGAUGUUCGACUCUGAUGACCCCAUGGUGCAGCAGAUGAACAUAAUCCGGAACUACAUCAAACAAGCCAGACUGGCCCACAGAGACGACGAGGUGAGCACGCUGGAACAGAACCUGCGAGAGCUGCAGGACGAGUACCACCGGCAGCAGGCGGAGAUCCUCGGCACUUAGUGCACCCCUCGUACUACAUUCCCUCCCGCAUUUGUACUUGCAACUAGUUGUAGUCUGUUAUUUAUUGUCUGUCGUGUUGUAUCGAGCAGGGACAAGUAUUUAGCGAAUUCCACUCGUGUGGAUGAUAUUCAUUUUUGCAUGGCAAGAUAAUUUUUUUCCUUCAUUCACAAGCCAAACUGUGAUCAAUUAUGUUUAUAACAUUAUAUGCAUUAAAAAAUUCCAAUAUUUGUAAUAA